AUGACUAGCUUUGAUUAUAAAAUUAUUCGCCUACUUCCCAGAAACUGGGGAUCUAGUUUUUGUGCAUAUAAAGCACUAGAAUUUUUUGAUGUUGAUGACUUUGUAUCUAUGACAUAUAAUCAUCUUAGUUUAGAACAAACCCAAUCGAUUAUGAAAGUAUAUAUAAAAUCUUCACGCUCAGAAGAAGAAGAUUAUGAUAUUCCUUAUAAGGUACUUAAAGUCAUUAAAUCUCAGAAACGUAAUAUAGACAAAAUUGCACGAAGUAUAAAAGAACUUGAAAAAGGUAAGUUUAAUGGAGAAAUGUAUUAUCUGACUCGUAAUACUGCCUGCAAUGAUCAAGAAUGUAUACUUCACCUAUUUUGUGAUGAGCCAGCCAGGAUAAUUCAGCAAGUCUGGAAAGUCUGGAAAAAAUAUCAAUAUAUUCAAGCUAUUAAGAAAAUCCAAAGAUGGGUAAUAGAAUGGUUAUAUAAACCUUAUGGCCCUAUGAUGAAAAAAGCUGAGGCACGCUUCAAUACCUUAGCAUAA